GCAGCAAAAUCGGAGAGAGGUGCGUGCGUUCUGUUGCUAAUUCGGAUUCUGCAUUUUUGGCCGAAAAUCCUGCACUCCCGCAAACCGCGUUCCGGGUGGUGCACUCGGAUGUGCCCGGCUAGCUAUCUAGCCACCAACGGCAGUCGCUGGCUCUGCAGUCAUUCGUCGCUCGUUACUGGGAUGCAGUCGUGCUUGUGAAAAAAGUGUCCCUUUCGUGAUCGGAAAGUGCAAAGUGUCCCACGGGCGUGCCAAGCCCCGCAAGAAGAUUUUCCCGCCCCAUCACAGCCAUCCGUAGACCGCAGUCCCUGCGUAGCGUAGUGUUUCCGUAGAGUAGAGUGACGGCAGUCGAUCCGCGCUUUCACGUGUCUGCCGGCCGUACCGGUAACAGCAGCAGAGGCAGCACAUGCAAGCGGCAACCACCACCGUGACCAGCGCCGUCUCCAAUCGUCUGAAAGGAAAGGAAAAGCGUACACAACAGCCAAACAGCAGAGGGUCAAAGGCGACCUCCCUUCAUGCACUGCCCCUGGUGGCCCUGAGGAUGCCAAUGUUGUCUCAAUUUCAAAUGCACUUACGCGCGUUUCUCGUUCUGGCGUCGAAGGUAUGGACCUGCAUCUGCUACAUGUUCAACCGACAGGUUCGGGCGUUUGUACAGCACCAACCGGUCAAAUAUGAACUGUUCCCGCUUACGCCGGUGUCCCGGCACCGGCUGAACAUGGUCCAGCGCAAGACGCUCGUGCUGGACCUGGACGAGACGCUCAUACACUCGCACCACGACGCGAUGCCUCGCAACACGGUGAAACCGGGCACGCCGCACGAUUUCACGGUCAAGGUGACGAUCGAUCGGCAUCCGGUGCGCUUCUUCGUGCACAAGCGGCCACACGUCGACUACUUCCUCGACAUUGUUUCGCAGUGGUACGAUCUGGUGGUGUUUACGGCCAGCAUGGAAAUCUAUGGUGCUGCUGUCGCCGACAAGCUGGACAAUGGUCGGAACAUUCUGAGACGGCGCUACUAUCGUCAGCAUUGUACGCCCGAUUUCGGAUCCUACACCAAGGAUCUAUCGGCGAUAUGCAGCGAUCUCAACAGGAUAUUCAUAAUAGACAAUUCGCCCGGAGCUUACCGUUGCUUCCCGAACAAUGCAAUACCGAUCAAGUCCUGGUUUUCCGAUCCGAUGGACAUCUGUCUGUUGUCACUGUUGCCACUGUUGGAUGCGCUGCGGUUUACCAACGAUGUGCGGUCCGUGUUGUCGCGCAACCUACACCUUCACCGUUUGUGGUAGCAGAAUUUAAUGAACAUACUAAGGUGCGCUGUGAGUGUACUAAAAUCGAUUAUUUCUUUAUUUUAUUCUAUUGUAAUGCGUAAAUAUUAGUAACGGGGAGUGAACAAACAAACAAACAAAAAAGAAAAGACGUAAAUCACACAGGCGAACAGCUCCUAGGGCCGUGUUAGAGAAGUGCUACGGUCUGGUGGUUCACAGUAAAUUGAACCAACGUGGAUUUGCAUAAAAAGAGCAAAAUCCUUCGAUGUUUUUCUUAGAGAGCACACAGAAAGAAAAAAUAGAAUGAAAAAAAAAUCAAACAAAAAGGACAUUUUCGUAUUAAACAACCGAUUGAGCCAGUGGGGGCAGUACUCUGGCGUGGCUCUGCGAGGCUCUGCGGUGCUCCCAAGUAUUCCAAAAUAGCGCGGUCAUAAAUGGUAGUAACCAACGAGCCAAUACAGUGGUAAAGUCUUCUCAUUCGUUGCUAACGAAACAAUCAUGUAGCCGAUUCGAUGAGAGGUGAUAAUUAGCCACGGGAAAAGACAGACACUUACACAUAAAGCCACACGAAUACUGUUAAUACGUUGGAAAUUGAACGAUCGAAUCGAAUCGUUUGUUUGCGGAGGGUUCGCUCAAUCUAACUUGUUAACUACUCACAACAAGCAAUCAGAUUAGAAUGCAACGGACAUCGUCACUUUUUUGUAGCAGAUCCGGACUGCCGUCUGCUCGGAGAAAUCGCAACGAAUCGGGGGAGUGGCGAAGUGGCGAAUGUAACUCCCUCAUGGAAUCCCGAACACUAUCAUGAACCAAGCAAUUGGUUGCUAGCGGUAAUGUGUACGGGCGCGAUAAAUACUAAUCCGUUGCUCUACAAGCAGUCGAAACAACUGCAAGGUGUAGGAUAAUAGAAGCGGGUGGAGCAGUGUAGUGGCUAGAAAGUAUUUUCAUUUCGUUAGUUCAUCAAGAGGCUCUCCAUUUCCCAACUACUAGGAAUGUUAGGAUUAUUUGUUUGUUUUAUAAUAAUAAAAAAAUAGAGACAACUCUGGGCAACGAAGAGAGCCUACAAGGUACGCAGUUGUUAUCAGAGGAAUAUCCAGCCUGGAAGCAUCCGCCAUGUACGAUCGGAUCGUACAAUUAAAAUGCAGUAAGCAAUGGUUCAUAACGAAUGGCUUAAACGUUUCUUUUUGCUCAAAACAUCUAGCCCCUAUAAUUUAGAAGCAUCCUACUGUGCGCACGCAGAAUUAGCGUAGCGAAGCAUACAGCGAAAAGCAGAAAGUGAACCGUUUUCCGAUACUAUCUUCUCGGUGGCCCAACACUUUUCGCGGUAAUUGAAGUGGAGCGACAGUGGAGUUUUCUACUCGCGUUCUUCACCUGUAGAGGCAAUAAGACUUACCGUGAUGUGCGUCUCUGUGCGGUUAUAGUGAAGGAUACUAUUACUACCUACCUCUCCCACUGCAUGGUUAUUUACAAUGCUUCCUACAUUAGCAUUAACGUUUUUUGUUUGUUUUUCUUUAAUAUUCUUAGUCACCAAUAGGGUGUGUGGGGGGUAUGUGCGCAUCGAAGGUUAAUUUAAUUGCACGAUGCUCGUUGUUCUCUAUUCAAAUUGCUGAACAACUGUUUUGGAGAAGGAACGAUGUACAGAGCCAACGUUUUAUGAUACUCAUACCAUCAUCGCUUUUGCAGAUUCAUUGUAUUGAAUGCAGGAAUAGAUUCCCCCCCCCCCCCCCCCUGUCCUGUUUCGAGUGUGCGUGCUGCUUAGCUUUGAAUAACUCUUUUCGCAACAGUCGAGUGUUUUCAGAUGAAAGACAAAUUUUGAAUCAUGUAGCACCAGCACCGAAAUCACCGAAAUUAAAAUUGAUCGAAAAAUAAAACUUCCGAAGAAGCAAAACGCGAGCGCAAUAUAACAACAACAAAAGGGUAAAAGAUAAUAAGCUCGUCCAUUACGAGGAGCUCAACAAUAUUACGCAUAAGUGAACACGGUACAAAUGAUGUAAUGGCUGCGGUGGCAAGCAAGACGAACAGAAGGCGAACGACAUAAAAACGACGGAGAGGACUGUGACGCAGAAGUGACGGUGCAAAAACGGUAAAAAAAGAAUGAUUGACGAAACAAAUUAAACAAAAAAUCCCACAUGGAGCAGUCCAAAGAAGCCAGUCACAGCAAAUGGUGAACAGCGUAAGGUCAAGUAUUUGUUUGCCGUCAGAUGCAUUCGAUCUCUUAUGAUCGUGCCCACGGCUCGGUACUCCUAUUGGGUACUGUAGGUCUUUCGGCAAACAUUGGUAUUAAGGUCCAGGUUCGUGAAAUAAUAGAUGUAUGAGGGGUAACAUCUAUGCACUACCAGCUUCCAAAUUGACGACAACAUCGAUCAACCAUUAAACCAACUCCCUGAUUCAACGCAAAACGCAUAUUCUUUAGUUAAAAGCGUAGCAUACAAUAGGAUCCACAAGCAGGCAACAACUACACUACGAAAAGUGGAUGAUUGUCAACCAACCGCAAGCACUAUGUACCCUGUAACUCACCAUUAGCAGCAGCAGCAGCAGCAUAGAUCCCAAAGUAAGAGCAAACAUUUUGAAAGGAAAAUCAAUGAUCGUACGCGUACGUUCAAAGCGCUCAUUGACAGGAUAAGCACGAAGCUGAAGCUGGAGCUGAAGAGAGAAGCAUCUCUUCUGACGAUACAUAGUAAGUUUACAUUUGUAAUUAUAAACCAACACAGUAAAGCAGAAGAAAGUUUGUAAAUCUGAAAAGGAAACAGUUACAGACACACCACACAGGCGACAAACAAAUGGAAUGAUUUUGUAAAUACUAUUGUUUAACUGAGGAAGAAUUGAUACCACAGAGCAGAACACAAACGAAUGGCAGCUGCCACACGAAAUGUCGAGAGGAUGAGUAAAAGGAGAAGAGCUGAAGCGUCGUGAGAAAAUAAAAGAAUAAUAAAAAUC